AUACCGAGUGAGUUGAAUUUUCAUCCAUUGUAUAAAUGGCAUGAUGUGUUACAUAUGAUUAUUAUUAUUUCGGCAACUGCGAUUGCAAUCUACAAGUACGAUAAAUGCUACGAGUUCUUGUCUACUCCAUGAAUGACUUUGAAAGCAAUAUUAAUCUCGUAAGUAAGCUUAUUAAUCGAACAAGAUGACAAGCGAAUGUACGGGAGAAAAGCACGGGAGUAUAGUUUUCUUGUUACGAAUAUACUCAUACAGAGUCCGUUAACGAAUAAUACUAAAUAUAAAAAAGUAUAAAUCAGAAAAAAUAAACUGUAAACAGUGUAUACAGCAAUUUAUUCUUUUUCCUUGAAAGAAACGAUGUAAUAAACAGUAAUAAACGACGGACAAUUACACGAAAUUAAAUACGCAUCUAAGCCGAAUACACGAUGAAAAAGUCAAUAAGUAAAGGAAGCUGAAAUGAAGAGUAAUAUAAGGAGCUUAUCCUGCCCACUAUCGUACACUUUUUAAUAAGGAAUCACGCCCGAGACUCAUUAGAAGUAGUGAUCAAUAGAAGAGGAGGCCAUCAAGAUGUUGAUUAAAGAAUAUCGAAUACCUCUUCCACUUACCGUGGAAGAGUACAGAAUUGCUCAACUGUACAUGAUAGCCAAAAAGUCGCGAGAAGAGAGUAAAGGUGCGGGUAGCGGCGUUGAGAUAAUUGUCAACGAGCCUUACGCAGAUGGUCCCGGUGGUAAUGGACAAUAUACCCAUAAAAUUUACCACGUGGGUAGUCACUUACCCGGUUGGUUCAAAAGUCUCCUACCCAAAUCAGCUCUUAUGGUUAAGGAGGAAGCAUGGAAUGCCUAUCCUUAUACGAAGACCCGCUAUACUUGCCCCUUUGUCGAGAAAUUCUCUGUUGAGAUAGAAACUUACUAUUUUCCAGAUAAUGGGCAUCAAGAGAAUGUCUUUAAACUCAGUGGUAGUGACCUUAGAAAUCGAGUCACAGAUGUAAUUGAUAUUGUAAAGGAUCAGUUAACCGGUGCUGAUUAUAUUAAAGAAGAAGAUCCGGUAUUAUAUAUCUCUGAAAAAACUGGCAGAGGUCCAUUAACAGACAAUUGGCUUGAAGACUUUUGGGCCGACGUCAAAGGAAAACUUCAACCUACUUCUUCAGGAAAGUCAUUAAUGUGCGCUUACAAACUGUGCCGUGUUGAGUUUCGUUAUUGGGGCAUGCAGACGAAGCUUGAAAAGUUUAUCCAGGAUAUAGCUUUGAGAAAAACAAUGGUACGUGCUCAUCGUCAGGCUUGGGCCUGGCAAGACGAAUGGGAUGGUCUGACCAUGGAGGAUAUUCGAGAAAUCGAGCGUCAAACACAGCUAACACUGCAGGCUAAAAUGGGCUUGACUGAAUCAAAUGAGAAUCUUGUCGAUGGCAAAUCCCAAGAUGCUGACAAAGUGAAUGCGACAAUCACGUCCCAGGAUUCGGUACAAGUAGCUAAGACACUGGCUGCAACGCUCGGUAGCAUCGAAAAGAAUGAGGAUCUACAAAGUCCAACUGCACUUCGUAAGCCAUCGGAUAUUCCUAUCAUCAAUACAGCAAUGAGCUCCGAGGGUGAGGCCAGUUUUGAGGAUUCUCCUACUGAAGUGCUGUCAUCAAGAAAAGUUGAAAAAUUAGUAAAAGUCGAAAAGGAUAAGAUGUGGAAGAGUAAUUCAUCCUUACAUUCGCCAAGUUCGACCAAAAGUUUUGAUGCUCAAAUAGCGAACUGGCGAAUGGAAAGUAUCGUGCGUGAAUCCGAAUCUGGAAGCGAUGAGGAAUUUUUCGACUGUCAAGAUAAUAGAUUUCUAAAAAUUCUUUACGAUCUGGUAUCCAAGAUGUUUUCUUUUAUGUGCAUUCUCUCUUUCUUAAUUGUCGCACGCACAAUUUCUACAGCAACGUCUGGAUUCAUUAUACCUAUUAUAUUAAAAGCUGAAGAGGAGGAUUCAGCAUCACCAAGUGUCCCAGAUGUCAAUACUCAAGACGACACUAUAUUCUCAUAUUCAUAUCUUCAACGAGUGGCAAGUGAACGCACCGGUAGACGACUGCAAAUACGAACUUCGGCUAGCAUUGACGUCUCCUGUCCAGCUUCACCUCAAUACUCUCCCACACAUCAGCCGUGCAGUACUACUGUUCUUCUUAUCAUUUUGCAUGCUGGCAGUGUUUUAGAUGCAAAUGUAGAUUUAACAGCUAAAAAAUCAGAUAUAACAACGUUCAAAGGAGCUUUUGAAUCGGUAAUAAGGCAACAUUAUCCGACAAUGGUUGGUCAUAUAGCAAUAAAAUUUGUUUCCUGCCCGUCGAUAUGCACUGAAGGUCUCGGGAUACUAUCUAGUCUUAGUCCAUAUAGUUUCGAUGUAUCACCAUCAUGUAUGGAUACACCACAAAUAACGCAUGAUACGAUACCGAUUGGUGCUAUUCCUCUACUCGCUACAUCAACUCACGAUUACCCGGAUGCGGUCACACGAGUUAUCAAUGGCACAAAUCAGGUCUAUCAAGAAUUUAUCAGGUGCGAAGAAGGGCGAGGUUUUAACGGACAGAUUUGCUUUAUCGGUGACUCCGUUGGUUCAAUCUUAGCCUACGAUGCACUCUGCAGAUCAUCGCAAUUUCAGUCUCGACACGAUAGUGAAAACAGCAUUUUAAAUAAUGACAAUCAUGAGUAUAACGGAGGAUACGAAGAUGGGAAACAUCUUGCGGCACCCAUACCCAGGAGAAGAUCUUCUUGUACUAGUGAUAAUUCUCAUCAAUGUAAACUGGAUUUUGAUGUCAGCGAUUUUUUUAUGUUUGGCAGUCCAUUAUCACUAGUUUUAGCAUAUAGGAAGAUAUCCUCAAUAGGGGAGAAAACUAAUAAUAUAAAUAAACCUUGCGUGAAUCAAGUUUACAAUUUAUUUCAUCCAAGCGAUCCAGUAGCUGCUCGAUUGGAGCCAUUAAUCUCGGCACGUUUCUCUUUGUUGCCACCAGUAAAUGUUGCACGAUAUCAAAAAUAUCCUCUUGGUAAUGGCCAGCCAUAUCAUUUAUUGGAAACAUUACAAACUAAUCCUCAACUGUUUACUGAUGGACUGAACGUUCCCAGUAUUACAAUGUCUCAUCUAAGAAGAUUAUCAGAUAUAUCAAUUCAUAGUACUAUGUCGAGUAUUGAUACUGUACCACUUCAAGCUGUAUCUUCUCUUACUCAUAAGUGGUGGGGCACCAAGAGGAUAGAUUAUGCCUUAUAUUGCCCUGAAGGACUUGCGAAUUUUCCUACAAAUGCUUUACCUCAUUUAUUUCACGCAAGUUACUGGGAAUCUUCAGAUGUUAUAGCAUUUAUCGUUCGACAAAUUGGUAGAUUUGAUUUACAAUUGUUAGAUAAUGAUGAAAAAGAACUUACCGGUUUCCGUCCAGGCCAACCUAGAGAAAAAUGGAAUAAAAAACGAACCUCUGUUAAAUUAAAAAAUGUUGCUGCAAAUCAUCGAGCUAAUGAUGUUAUUGUUAGAGAUGGGACACCACAAAUAUUGGUAGCUAGAUUCAUGUAUGGGCCUAUAGGAGUAAUAGCAUUAACUGGCGAAAAAAUAGAUAUUCAUAUAAUGAAAGAUGUUAGAUUAGGUGAAUGGAUUUUUUAUUCAACUGAAAUAACGGAUAAAAAUGGUAGAAUAAUUUAUCAGAUUCCAGAUGAUAAAACCUUAGGAUAUGGACUUUAUCCGGUAAAAAUGAUAGUAAGAGGUGAUCAUACGUCUGUAGAUUUUUUUAUGACUGUAAUUCCACCAAAAACAGAAUGCGUGGUCUUUAGUAUUGAUGGUUCUUUUACGGCAAGUGUAUCUGUAACAGGGAGAGAUCCUAAAGUUAGAGCGGGUGCCGUAGAUAUCGUUAGGCAUUGGCAAGAACUGGGAUACUUAAUUAUUUAUAUAACCGGAAGACCAGACAUGCAACAACAUAAGGUCGUAUCAUGGCUCUCACAACACAACUUUCCACAUGGUCUUGUAUCUUUUGCUGAUGGUUUAUCUACCGAUCCAUUAGCACAUAAAGCUGCAUAUCUUAAAAAUUUAAUACAGGAACAUGGCGUAAUAAUUCAUCACGCAUACGGAAGUAACAAAGAUAUAAGUGUAUAUACGUCGAUAAACCUGCAACCGAGCCAAAUUUUCAUUAUUGGAAAAGUGCCACGUAAAAAUCAUGCGUUAUCUACCGUUUUACACGAGGGUUACGCUGCACACCUGAGCAUGCUUCAAGCAUACGGCGGUUCACGACCUGCUCAGGGCAAUGCGCGCAUGGUUAUACCUAGAGGGCAGUUCGGUCUACCCGGACAAAAUGCCUCGUUACGACGAAGAAGUAACGACACAGCAGUCAACUCGCCAGCGCGCAGCAGUGUAUACUUAAAAGGAAAGACCAACUUAGUCACAUCUAAUACUCGACUAUUAUCUACGAACAAUUAACUUAUUAACAUUGGUACCUUUCGUGAAGAUAUGUCGCGUUCAACCAGUGAAAUAGAACUUUUAAAACCAAAGUGACAAAGAGAAAAUCAGACAGCCUACUACUACUACUACUAUUACUACUACUACUGUCAUCCCUACAUUCUGUUAGUUCGUUCAUUUAUAAUCAACCUUAAGAAAGCGUAAAAACAUUCAUGCCCAAGAUUUGUGUCGGUUAGUUCAGAAAUGUUUUAGUUUUUUUUUUUUUCAACUGUUGGAAUGAACUCGAUACUCACUUUAACGACCAAGGUAAAUAGAGAAUCUUGGCCAUCAUUUACAGUAUACAUUUUUUCUUAAAUGUUUUAAUGUAUAGUUAUAAUAUCUAAGCAAUGACUUUCCACCAAAAUUCUCUAAUAUUUUCU